UUUUAAGAUAAUCCAAAUCCAAAACUAUGCAACUCUUUACUCAAUUUGCAUACACAAAAGUCUCUUUGGCUCUUUGUUGACAUUUUUAUCUCUUCCUUCACUCCAUUAAAAGCCUCUUAAUUUUCUUUAUUACACAAAAAGCCUUGGCACAAUGGCUAUGUUGUUGUCAAAAUCAAGAAAAUUGAUCAAUUUGAAAACCAAGAUUGGAUUAUUAUUACCAUAUGUUUAUCAUCAUCAUCAUACAUUAACAUCACCAAAUAUAACAACCUCAUUUGGAAUUCUUGGUUUAAAUAAUCAUCCUCAUUUAGCCUCUUUUCGUUUUGAAUCAACUAAAGCUCAAACACAGUUGAAUCCCAUGCACAACAUUAUUGAUCAUCAUUCCCAGGUCCUCAAUUUCCCUGGAGGUGAGGUAAAAUUCACGUCAAAUUUGAACUUCAUUCCUGAAACAACGGAGGAGAGAGUACACUGCUACCGGGUACUUGAUGACGAUGGUUACCCAAUCAAUAAUGACUUCACACAGAUUGAAAAGGAAGUUGCAUUGAAAAUCUAUACUGAUAUGGUGACACUUCAAACAAUGGAUACUAUCUUUUAUGAAGCACAACGACAAGGACGAAUAUCUUUCUAUGUUACUACACUUGGAGAAGAAGCUAUCAACAUUGCAUCAGCUGCUGCACUUAAGACGGACGAUUUCAUCUUUCCACAGUAUAGGGAGCCCGGAGUUCUAUUA